AUGGCCCCCAAGAAGCCCUCAACGACGGCAGAAGUCGCCCUUAUUCCCUUGAAGAACUGCCUCGUCAAUCUACCACCAUCACUUGUCUCCUUGCUGGUCAAUGCAAACACAACUGCCCAGAAUGUCAUAAUUGAAUUACAAUUCAAGUCCAUAACUGGCAAUACCAAUGCAGUCUCGCCACAGCGAUCAUGUUUCUUGGGCUGGACGGGCAUGCCGAGCAAGCGCAGGCUUGCGCCGGUUGUGAGCCGCGACGGUAUCAGCACCGGGUACAACAGAGAGCAGCAGGAGGUAUCCACCGUGGAGCUGGACACGACAUUCGGGAGACUCCUUGGUCUGGUUGAAGGGCAGAAGGUCGGGCUACUCGUGCAUCUCGAUCCGCCUGUCGCGCAUACUAUCAAUAUUGAGCCAUUGACACCAGAGGACUGGGAAAUCAUCGAACUCCAUGCUACCUUCCUGGAACUCAAUCUGUUGUCACAGAUCCGCGCACUCCCAAACCCUUCCUACACUGCGGCGCAGUCGGAGCAUAUGCAUCCACUUGCACUGCAUCUUUCACCCACAUCCACCGCGAAUAUCGUUGUAACCUCCCUCGACCCCACACCGUCAGCAACUUCUCCGUUCGCAAAGAUUGCGCCCGAUGCCGAGGUCAUUGUUGCCCCGAAAGUCCGAUCCAAGACUGGUAAAUCGUCUCGAGGGGACAGUCGAAGCAAUGCUGGAAGCAGCAGAAAGAGCACUGGCGGCCGGAGUGCUUCUAGCACAGUCCGCCCGAAGGGCAGUCGGUCUGACCCCAACAGCCGAGGUGCUCUGUACCUCAGAGGCGUGGACCGUCGGGCGGCCGAGGAGCUGUUCGAUGCUGAAAUGGACGAGGAUGAGAAUGAUGGUCUUCGCGUCUGGGUAGAUCCAGAUCUGUUGGCAUCUCAUGAACUCCGAGGCGCAAGCUGGGCGUGUGUCUCGAUUGUGCAGCCUGCAGGGCUCAAGCCCCCAGUUGAUCCUCAACAACAACUAGCCCAACAGGAACAGAAAUCUCAGGAAGCCGGAUCACCCACCAAUAAGCUGGUAGCAAAGCUUCUUCCUUGGGAAGAUGCUCCGGACAAUCGGCACGUGGCGAUGUCUACGUUACUUUGUACGGCCCUUGGCGCAGAGAACAUGGUGGGAGGGAUUGUGCGCGUGGAGGCCGCUCCGCCACAACUACAUCGCUCAGCAGUCAAAACGCUCAAGGUGUAUCCGUUCAUGUUUGAUGCCUCCAAGAAAAAGGACGGCCUCAAGUUCGGGUCGGACACCGCGGCGUCUCGGGACGCCUUGGCCGAACGUCUGAAGGUGAUUUACGGCAGUACUGGGUCCGAUGUUGGAUUGUUCUCAGGUCCAUUAACCGACGGCAUGAUCUUACCCCAAGUCGAAAACCACCCUGCUGUUUCUUCCUUUGAUGGAGCCAUCCUGCGAUUUGAUCCCCCCUUGAAGGGAGGACCGGAUGAGACUAAGUCGAUGUUUGGGUGGUUCUUAGGCUCUGAAGCUAUCCUCAAUCUUGAGGUGCAAGCCGAGAUACCCAAACCGUCGGACUCGGCCUCAUCGGCUCUACCUUCGGAUGAUCCCAUUCCAGAUAUUGCUCCCCAACUGGUAGGAAUCGAUUCUAUUAUCUCCCAGUCUCUGGGUAAUCUGACAAAGUCUUCAUCUAUCCUACUGACUGGUGGGCUUGGGGCUGGAAAGACAGCGCUUGCGCACCUUCUGGCACAUCGCUUGCGUAAGGAUCACCUCUUCAAUGUCAAGUACUUUUCCUGUCGUAAGCUUGUGACCGACGAGACACGCAUCUCGAACAUCAAAGAGGUCUUGAAUCGCCUUUUUAUGUCUGCUUCUUGGUGUGCCCGUCUUGGUGGACAAUCUGUUGUGAUUCUGGAUGAUCUUGACAAAUUGUGUCCUAUGGAGACGGAAUUGCAGGUCGGUGGAGACAACGGGCGCAGCCGUCAGAACAGCGAGGUCAUCUGCUCCAUGGUUCGCGAAUACUGUUCCAUGAACUCCUCUGUUGUCUUGCUAGCUACGGCGCAGGCCAAGGAGUCGUUGAACAAUGUGAUUAUUGGUGGCCAUGUCGUUCGGGAGAUUAUCAACAUGAGAGCUCCUGACAAGGACGGCCGUCGGAAGGUGUUGGAGAAACUUACCAGCCAAGAUCGAACUACCGAGGCUCUCAAUGGUCAUGUACGGACGACCAGUACUUCGACGAGUGCUUCAACGCAAGAUUCAUGGCUCGAUCCUUCAAAUCCUGGAAGCCGGCCCAGCUCUUCCGGUGGAGAUGGCUUUGUUCUCAGUAGGGAUGUGGAUUUCCUUGAACUUGCUGGAAAGACUGAUGGUUAUAUGCCCGGCGAUCUGGUGCUCUUGGUUGCUCGUACUCGUAACGAGGCACUGAUUCGCUCCGUUCAGGAUUUCUCUUCUGGUUCCAAGAUGAUCACUCUUGGGCUUGAAGAUUUUGAAAGCGCAUUGAAGGGGUUUACUCCGGCAUCUCUUCGUAAUGUCACCCUUACUUCAUCUACGACUACCUUCUCGGCGAUUGGUGGCUUGUUUGAGACCCGCAAAAUGUUAUUGGAAACUCUUCAGUAUCCUACAAAGUAUGCGCCCAUUUUUGCGCAAUGCCCUUUGCGGCUGCGAUCCGGUCUUCUUCUGUACGGAUUUCCCGGUUGUGGUAAGACAAUGUUGGCCAGUGCUGUGGCAGGUGAAUGUGGCCUGAAUUUCAUCAGUGUCAAGGGUCCUGAGAUCUUGAAUAAGUACAUCGGUGCCAGUGAAAAGAGCGUUCGUGACCUGUUUGAAAGAGCACAGGCUGCACGACCUUGCGUCCUCUUCUUCGAUGAAUUCGACAGUAUUGCUCCCAAGCGUGGCCAUGACUCCACUGGUGUCACUGACCGUGUGGUCAACCAGCUUCUUACCCAAAUGGACGGAGCGGAGGGUCUCUCUGGCGUGUAUGUCCUGGCUGCGACCUCUCGACCAGAUCUGAUCGAUCCGGCUCUUCUUCGCCCCGGUCGUCUGGACAAAUCUCUGCUCUGCGAUAUGCCAUCACAUGCAGACCGGGUCGACAUCAUUCAAGCCGUCAGUGAAAAGCUGAAGAUGAGUGACGAGGUUGCAGCUCGCUUUGAUGAAAUCGCGGCCCAGACCGAAGGAUUCUCCGGUGCCGAUAUCCAAGCCGUGGUGUACAAUGCGCACCUGGAAGCCGUGCAUGACGCACUGGGUGACCGCACCUCUGACCCCAAAGCUAAUUCGAAGCCCGUCUCAAAGUCUUCCACCAAUACCUCCAGCAGGUCAUUCAUCCAAUUCCUAUACUCCCCCUCCGAAGAGGCGUCCGGGAAAGUCUCCAUGCCCGCUCCAGCCGUGGUUGCAGCGAAGCUAGAUGCAAUCAAGAACUCGCGACGCCGUCAGCGCCAGCUCGAGAGUGGCGCUCCUUCCGGACCGGCGACUACAGCUCAGGCUAACGGAGAGUCCGCGGAUGAGCUCCGCGACGAAAUUAUUGUCCAGUGGGAGCAUGUUGAGCGUGCUCUCAAUACUACCCGUCCCUCGAUUAGCUCUACAGAGCGUCGCCGUUUACAGGGUAUUUACCGAGAGUUUGUGGUCGGGCGUAACGGCGAGAUGCCCAAUGGUGAAGCAGGCAAUGAGAUUGGAGGUCGCACAAGUCUGAUGUGA